UGCGUUACAUAUUCUAUGUUCGUGGCCGACUACUGUUUUACGAUUAGCAUUAUUUGUCCUUUACUCUCUCACACACAAUCACAAGUUAAAGGAUUUUCAACUAAUUAGAUUUGUUUAUAGUCUAAAAGUGAGAGUUAAACAAAGACCAGAAAUUGUUGAUUGGGUCCUUGGUUUCUGGUUUCUCUGCAAAUUUGAUUCUACAUGUUUUUGAAGUUUGAGGGUUUUCCAUGAAAGUUUAGCUCUUGCAAAUAUGGAGAAAGAUUUGUACGAAGUCGUGAAGAAGAAAGACAACAAAGUGACUGACCAUGGGCUUCAGAUCAUUAAGCACCCGUCUUACCAAGCUUAUGGUAAACGAUUGUUGUUUUGGUUUGAUAUACGUGUGUUCUAUGUUAGAAUAAGCAAUUUCAUGGUGGAUGGAUCCACCCCUAGAUAUCUCACUCUCAACCAUAUACCUUUGGACCCUGAUACGGUUCUUGAAGUAAAUGGUAGAAGAUGCACCCUUCAAUCUGAAGGUAGUUCCUGUCGCUUAAAAAGGAACCGAUUAGACAAGAAAUUUGAAGAAGCUACUUUCGUGAGUACAGACAAUAUAAGGUUAUUUGGUAGUGUGAAGUUUGAGGUGUUUGAUGGGGAUGCUCAUAUUCUCUCAGGUGAUUUGAAGAUAUCUAAUGAAAUAGAUGAUAUCGGAAAGUGGAGUAUGAGUUGUGAAUCAAUGAUUUGUACUGGUGGUUUUCUAAAGGGUAAUCAUGUGGCGGUUUGUAAUUCAUUGUCACCAAUGAUGGAAGUUUAUGUUGCAGGAUCAUUUUCGGGGACACCAAUUAUUUUGACAAAAACGUUGCAGAUUCUUAGGAAGAAGCCAAAUAGAAAGGGGAUGUUAAAUACAAUCCCUGAGUAUGAAAAAGGUGAAUAUCAAAAACAUGUUGCACAAGGACUUGAUUCUCAGAUGACAGGAUAUAGACAUUAUAAACAUGGAAAUGGGGAGAGCUUUGAGAGCAGUUUAUAUUGUAACCAGACAGAAUACAUGGAAGGUGAAGAUGAUGCACUCUCAUGGUUCAAUGCUGGUGUCAGGGUCGGUGUUGGGAUAGGGCUUAGCGUUUGUCUUGGGGUUGGUGUUGGAGUUGGUCUUCUUGUUCGGACAUAUCAAUCUACCACCCGAACCUUUAGAAGGCGGCUUUAAUACCUGAUGAACGCUACAAACCUUCCAAAAUGCAUGAAAAAGACGUGGUGGGCUAUAGAGAAACGCCACAGCUAACCUCUGUGGAUAGUGGUUUUGUAGUAUGCUGAUGGUUUCACGUGCGGUUUUAACUGGCACAUUGGUGCUAAAAGACCAUCCACUGAAAUCUAUGAGCCAUACCAUCUCUUCUUGGCCUUCUGGUAGAUUUAGUAUCGCGUUUUCUAUUAAGUAUACCAGAUGCCGUAUCUGGUUGUCCAUUCCUUUUGUAUUCUGAAAUAAUUCAGAUUAUUACUUUAAUUACCAAAGAAAAGGAAAAGGAAGACUCUAGAUAUAGAAGCUGGGGAUAUCUAAUUACCUGCAGUCCUGGUUUCAUUAUCAAGACAGUUCGUCCGAAUCGGUCACGGAAAUUUGACCGGAACAGUUUUCCAGUUUCACCUUCAGCAGCAAUCUCAUGCUAAGAAAGGGAAAAUUUUAUUACUUUAGUUAUCUGGUUUUAAGUAAGAAAUCGAAAGAUGAGUUGAACAAUGAGGACUAACCCAAAGAAUUUCUUCUGGUUUGUAGGUUGAUCUCCAUGCAAAUGUCUCUUCCAACAUCUUUUUUGCUUUCUCUACGUUCCAGCUUCGAGCUUCAAGAUAUCUUUUUAAGCAUGGAUCAGUGCAGUACUUUAAGUUGCGUCCAGACAGGGGACCAAGAGCUGCUCUAAGCUCGUUAACCUGCAGAGUCAACACGGCCUCUUACAAAUGUCAAAUAAGAUCGCUUAUAAGUCCACUGAUCAAUGAUAUAAGCAAUAAUUUUGAAGAAAUUGAGUGCAAUUACAAGUAUUUGUUUCAGAUAUAUGUUCUAUCUCUGUCCAAUAGUAUAAUUAGUUAACUUGUUUUAUAGCUUGUUACCUUAGACUCUGAUUGCAGCUCAUUAUUCUCGAGUUCUUGCUGUUGUCGUUGAGAUGACCCAUGACGCCGAAAGAUGGACAUGGUGAUGAAUUGUGAUGCUACAGAUAGACAACUGAAUUGUCUGCAAAAAGCAAAUGAUAAGCAAAGAUCAGUCUUCAGUUUUGAAUAAAAGAAUCCAAUUGGCUACAA